GCGCUGAGGCGGCACUGGAGCCUCGCUGCUACACGAGUUGCCGAGCAGGCGGGGAGGCGCUCACUUCCGUGUCGGGCCCCGUGGCGUCCGGCGCCCUUGCCAAGGGCCGGGCGGGCCGCAGGGUGCUGCUAUGUUCCUAUUGCCAUCCACCGGAGUCUUCAGACGGACAGACGCUUAGUGAGUGAAGUGCCCAGAGGGGUACUGUGACCACCAUUGUUUUGCAGUUUCUGAAAGUGUUUCGAGGCAAAACUUCAGGUGUCGGAGAGACCAAUGGAAGGUCACAAGGCAGAAGAAGAGGUGUUGGAUAUUCUUCGACUGAACGUGGGUGGCUGUAUUUACACAGCCAGGCGGCAGUCCUUGUGCCGCUUUAAGGACUCAAUGCUGGCAUCCAUGUUCAGUGGUCGUUUUCCUCUAAAAACAGAUGAAUCAGGGGCUUGUGUUAUUGACCGUGAUGGACAUCUAUUUAAAUACCUUUUGGAUUAUCUUCACGGAGAAGUUCACAUUCCCACAGAGGAGCAAACCCGCAUUGCUCUGCAGGAAGAGGCUGAUUACUUUGGCAUCCCUUAUCCGUACAGCCUGUCUGACCACUUGGCCAAUGAAAUGGAGACAUAUUCUUUAAGGUCAAAUAUAGAACUUAAAAAGGCUUUAACAGACUUCUGUGAUUCGUAUGGUUUAGUUUGCAAUAAACCAACAGUUUGGGUUCUCCACUAUCUUAACACAUCUGGUGCAAGCUGUGAGAGUAGAAUUAUUGGUGUAUAUUCCACAAAAACUGAUGGAACAGAUGCAAUUGAUAAGCAGCUGGGAGGAAGAAUUCACAGUAAAUGCGUUUUUAAAAGGGAGGCAGGAAAUAAUGUUCAGUAUAUUUGGAGCUAUUAUUCAGUAGCAGAAUUGAAGGAAAUGAUGGAUGCCUUUGAUGCCUGGGAAGGAAAAGGUGUUAGCUACUGGCGGGUGCCUCAUGAACUGAUAGAAUGUUGGACUCUGGAAGAGCGGCCUUUACAUGGAAGCCUACGUCACAUGGCCCCAAUUCGAAAGAGGCGACUGAUAGCGCCCAAUGAAGAGGAAGAAGGAGGUGUGAACUGUAAGACUGGUCCUAAGCCAGUACGAUUUUUGGGGCCUUCCACCAGCACCCAAAUUAAAGUCAAGAACUCGGCUUCCGUCAGGGUGCCUCCGGCCAGUGUACCGCAGCCCUGGUCCCGGGCAUCCGUGAACCCGGCUGCAGGAGGAAGGGCAGCUCAGCGCUCUGCACCGUUGAAAGCCCCGUCCCCGGUGGGCACAGGCCUGCCCGGGCAUCCCCAGGCUGCCCACGAGACCGGGGGUGCUGAGAACGGGGCCAUGCACCCACCUCCAGCUAAGGUUCUGCUCUGCGACAAAAAGGCCACCCCGCACCGAGUGAUAAAACUGAAGCGGACUCCCUUGUGCGCUACGGGGCCUUCAACGCCCGCCUGCACCGUGGCCAGGCCGGCAGGGCCCCCAGAGCCGAACCCCGACGCCGCCAGCGCCCUGGGCACGCGGACUGAGAACGGGCAGGGCCAGACCGAUUGAUGGAAACGGGGACUCAGGGUGUCCCGUUUGCCUCUCCGAGCUUACAACCUGUUUAAUACAAAUAAGCGGCACUCUUUCCCGAUGCAGUCAGGAUGAAAACUUGUUUCUUUCUAUUUAGGGUGAAUUGUGUGAAGUAGGAAUGGAGGAGGGAGACUGUAAGUGGUUGGGCCUAUUUUUACUUCUCAUUUUCCCAACGUUUAAAUUAUUUGUCUAGGGAUGGUUUUAAUUUCAGGUUUUUUAAUGUGUGUGGGCUUUUUUUUUUUAAUGUUUAAUUGGUAUUAAGGCAACAAAACAGUAGAGCAAAAUCAUCCCUAGCAAGUCCACUUUGUUGCUGAAAUAAUUAUAGAUUUUAGGCACUUAUUUAAUGUUACUCAUUGCAGCCCAGGGAUAGGAGUGAGAUUUGGGCUUAGCUUUCAGUCUGGUGAAAUAGAGAGGGUGAUAUUAGUGCUUCCCAGUGCUAUGUCCCAGAUGGGGGGAGAUUUGAGAGAAAAUGUAGAUCAAGGUGAACUCCCUGCAGGGCACUCUCAGUCUCAAAAGGUAGCAUGAAAAGAAAUGAGGGGGAGGGGGAAAAAAAGACAAUAAUUUGAGAUCACACUUUGACUUCCACUUAAUGGAACAAUUUUCUUUCCUAGAUUGGCUUUUCUUACUCUUUUCCUAGCAGAUUUAGUUAUACCUCGCAAGAAGAUUUCUUGGAAUAAGAACUAUAUAACAUGUCAUGGAAUGAACUGUUAAAAUAUUUUUUCAUUUGAGUAGUGAAGUUUUGAAAGUACUUUGAAGAGAAAGUUUAACUUUUUAACUAAAGUUAAUAUUUUUUUUCAGAAAUGACCAUUAAAGAGUUAUUCUGAUGAUACAAUAUGAUUUUUUAUCAUACAGUUUCCACAUAACUUGAAUUUAAUAUUUUAAAACAGAGUAUUUUGAUUAAUCUUCUAUUUUUUCACAACUAUUUAGUUGUAUGUGUUUACACGUACAUGUUAUGUUUUAUAAUUGGAUCACAUAUUUCUAUCUUCAGUGAGCAGUAUGCCGUCAGUGUGUUAAAAAUAAGUUCAUAAAGCAAGGUACUUUUUACUCAGUGCUUAUCAUUGUACUUUUACUGGUUUAAAAGAGUAAAGUAAAUAUACUCAAAACAUUACUUUUUACAAAAUAAAAAAACCCUUUCCGUAAAAAGUGACAUUUUUCUGUGACUGUACUUAUUUUUAAGCCUUGGAGCCCUUUGGUAGUUUGAAAGCUUGUUCGUUUAUAUAGGUUAUCUAUUUCUGCUCACAAAAUUGCUUUCUUAUCUAGUUAAUGUAUGAAAUCGUUCAACCGAUUUUGGAUAGCUAUCCAAAUACCAGCAGCCUUUUUAAAGUAAGUGGUUUAUUUGGCUAGAAAAAGUGAAUAUUUAAAACUAAAGAUUCAUGAAUGAUAUUCCCCUGGGGAAUAUAUAAAAUAUUCAGUCACCUUGCAAAAUACUAUUACAUAGAAUCCAGGUCUUCUGAAAAUUAAAGACCAUAGUGAGUUUUGAGAACUUCCGUUUAGGAUAUUAUUGGUAUUGUUUGAUCUACAACAUUUUGAAUUGCUGAUUCAUGUAAGAAAAUUUUAUACUAAUAGACGUGUAUUUUACACAUAAUAAACAUUUGUCUGGAAAGGAAA